AUGCUUGGCGACGUCGCGCUGGACAUGCCAACCGAUUUGCGUUCCUUCGAAAAAGACGAGGUUCCAAGGAAGCGAUUGAGUGUCACAGGACUCACUAUCGACAUACCCUCUUCCUACCGUCCUCAGGUCCAGGCGGCACCGCAUCCACCAUCACGAUGGAGGACUCCUGAGUUCAUCUUCUACGAACUUGUAUUCUGUUUAGUUGUCCCUAUAAUGAUAUGGAUCCCCGUGACUCUGAGUUCACCGUCGCAUCCCAAUUACCCUCUUUACAGGAGGAGACUGUCCCCAGGGUGGCUAUUUGGACUCAAAGUGGAUAAUAGCGACAUUCAAUAUCGUUCUUUCAGAGGGAAUAUCCCUGCGCUCGUUAUUCUUGUUGGAUCUUUCCUGGCCGCCAAGUUUGUUUACACUCACUCAGCAAAGCGGUACAUGUCUUUGCGACCCCUAAAUAAUACAUAUCAUGUUCCAUUCCUAUUCACCUUCUCCAUACUCAUGCUUUUGGGCCUUCAUGGCACGAGUAUCGUCAAGAUAUUCGCGAUCGUCACCGCCAACUACGGGAUAGCUAAGACUUGCCGUGCAUCGAAAUUUGGGCCACUUCUGACAUGGAUAUUCAACGCCGCUGUUCUGUUUGCCAAUGAACGGAACGAAGGGUACCGCUUUGCCAGUAUGCACCCAUCAUUGGAGAUGUUGGACAGUAUAGAGGGCAUAUAUCCUCGCUGGCAUAUCAGUUUCAAUAUCACCAUGUUGCGCCUCGUUUCAUUCAACAUGGACUAUUAUUGGGCAUGCAACUCUGCCGGAGCUACUGAUCCAGGAUCGACGUUGAGCGAGAAAGAGAGAGCCACCGUUUCACACACUCUCGAGUCAUACUCAUACACCAAUUACAUUGCCUAUGCCCUAUAUCCGCCAUUAUACAUUGCAGGGCCUAUCAUGACGUUCAACGACUUCAUGUGGCAGCUUUGCAGGCCAACUUCCUUGCAGUUACGCUCAACAUUGAGCUACAUGUGCCGACUUCUCGCUUGCUUCUUCACUCUGGAAUUCAUCCUGCAUUUCAUGUAUGUUAUCGCCAUCAAAGAUGCCAAGGCGUGGGGUGGAGAUACUGCUGCCGAGCUAAGUAUGAUUGGGUUCUGGAACUUGAUCAUUGUCUGGCUCAAGCUUCUGAUACCGUGGCGUUUCUUCCGCCUGUGGGCGCUCGCGGAUGGAAUCGACCCUCCUGAGAACAUGGUUCGUUGCAUGGCAAACAACUAUUCUACCCUCGGAUUCUGGAGAAGCUGGCAUCGCAGUUAUAAUCUCUGGAUCGUCAGGUAUAUCUACAUACCACUCGGCGGCACGAAGAACGUCGUGUUCGCUUCACUUUUGAUAUUUUCUUUUGUUGCAUUGUGGCACGACCUGUCUUUCCGACUGCUUGCCUGGGGUUGGCUUGUGACUCUUUUCAUCCUUCCUGAAUUGGUCGCUCGUUAUCUCUUGAGUCCAUCAAAGUACGGGGAUAGAGUAUGGUACCGCCAUGUCUGCGCAAUAGGGGCCGUAUUCAACAUCUUGAUGAUGAUGAGCGCAAAUCUCGUCGGCUUCGUCUUAGGGACUGAUGGCAUAUCAUACAUGCUUCAUCAGCUUCUCGGUAGCUGGGAAGGGAUCCGUUUCCUCAUGGCAGCGUGUACUUGCCUCUUUGUGGCUGCUCAAGUGAUGUUCGAAUAUCGCGAGCAAGAGCUCCGGGAAGGUAUCGUGCGACGCUGUUGA